AGGCAGCACAAUAACAGUUUUGGGAACAGGCUACCUCAUUCACUACCAUUGAAAUCAGGAAAGGCAAAAUGCACAGGACAAAGGUGCACUUAAUAUGUUAAGGUUAGCAUGUUGUAUGACUUGGUGGCUGUGCCAGCUUGUGACCACUCUGCAGAGCUGCCUCCAGAACAAGACUCAGGACGAAUAACGCUCUCCUUCCUGCAUCUUGUCGAGGCCGCCUGCGUUGCCAGGACAACCAGAAGGGGCUGACCCCGUCCACGUGACAGAGGUCCUCUCUUCUCCUGCCUCCGGGUGUAGUGUGUGUUGUCUGCUGCCACUGUGACAGAUUUGGGGGAAAGAGAAAGUGGUCUGCUCUGGUCUUGCCACCAGACAGUGGAGUUGGUCGUCUGGACCGAGAGAGCAGUCGGGCGUUGAGAGAUGGAGCUCUCUGCGGUCGGGGAACGCGUUUUCGCCGCGGAAGCCAUUCUGAAACGCCGCGUUCGCAAGUCUCGCCUAGAAUACCUGGUGAAAUGGAAAGGAUGGGCACUGAAACACAGUACCUGGGAACCAGAAGAGAAUAUCCUGGAUGACAGACUGAUUGCAGGAUUUGAACAGAAAGAGCGUGAGAGAGAACUCCACGGACCAAAGAAGCGGGGACCCAAACCCAAAAACCUUCCUGCCAAGGCACGUGGAGCCCAGAAGAGGGAGAUCUCCACCCCUCGAGCUCCUCGCUCCACUUCUUCUUCUUCUCCUCGAGCCCCUCCAUCCUCCUUCCCCUCUGCCUCUCCAGCGCCCUCCCCUAAACUCAACUCCCUGGCAGCGACACACAAGCUGAAGAAAGACAUUCGCCGCUGCACUAGUAUGUCCCGCCGCCCCUUACCUCGCCCCGACCCCCUGGCCUCUCCCGGAUCCUUCUCCGGCUCCAGUGGGUUCCCCUCGCGGCCCCCCGUCUCCCCCUUCUCAGAGACCGUCCGCAUCCUCAAUCGUCGUGUCAAACCACGCGAGGUCAAACGGGGUCGCAUCAUCCUAAACCUCAAGGUCAUCGACAAACCAGGAAGUGGAGGCGGAGGAAGGGGCGGCGGGGGUAACCGGAGGGCGCCUUCCAGCUCCAUGUCCCUCCAAGGGGGUCGUCAGAACAUCCCCUCCCGAAAUAGGAUCAUAGGGAAGAGGAGUGGAGAGGCUCCGUACCGGCCCUUCCAGCCCAUGCUGGGGUUCCCCAUGUACGGGAAGCCGUUUGGUCUCCAGUGUGGCGGCCCCGGACCUCUACACCUUCCACACUCAGCUACAGGCUCCAGCACAGGGACCUCAGGGGCUAGGGACACCCAGCCACCCCCCUCUCCCUCCAGCUCCAGUGGAUCCACCACACCCGCCCAGAACCAUCCUACCCCUCCUGGACCCGCCACUGGGGCGUCUGCCUCUGGGUCGGCUCCCAACUUGAGCACCCAGGCUUUGGCCUCCUCUGCCAAGUCUACGCCUAGCCACCCCCCAGAGCUCCAGAAGAACCAGAAUGCUGAACAAAGACCAAACCCCCUCCUCCCCUUCCUCUCCUUUGCUUCCGGAUCCUCCUCUUCCUCCUUUGAUGAAGAGGAGGAUGAUGUUGAUGCUCUGGACCUUUCUGCACCUCAGGAGGGGAAGAGGAAGCUACGCCAUCGGCGUCGGCAGAAACGCCAGCCGCCCUCCGUCAGUACCGCUUCCCCUCCUCACCCCCUGCCGCCAGCGCCUUCUAUCGAUCACUUUAGCCCAUCUCGCCGCGCUGCCGCUAUGAAGUUCGUUGUAGUCUUGGUCGGUGCUGGUUCCGUGGUCUUCCUCGGCGCGGUCAUCUGCAUCAUCGCCAGUGUUUACCCGCGGAAAGCUGCCGCGCCCCAGGAACUGUCCGACAACGCGACUCUGUCUGCUGAGCCCUUGUUUUCCCUGGGCUCGGUGGCUCACGCCGGUCCAUUGGGCGCUCUCCAUGGUUCUGAAUCCUACGAGGGCGGCGGAGGAGGCGGCUUGGGGCUGGGGGGUCCCUCCACUCUCAACGAGCUCAGCCCCGGGGAGGUGACCGGUGGUGGUGGAGGGGCGCCGAAACAGUUCAGUUUCAGCCGGCUCAUCUGCACUCCGAUUCCCGCCGGAGAAUGCAAUGCCAAGAGCAUGAAGCAGCAGGCGGACGACCCUUCACUCUAUGUGGAUGAAGACUGGAGCUACCUCCGGACCACCGCGGACGACCUCCGGCAGACGGUGGUGCAGCAGAACGGACAGAUACUCAUAGAUCAGCGGACCAUCCGUGAGCUGACGGGGAAACUAUCGGAGUGCGAGAUCGGCCUGGAGGACGGGAGUCCCGGGCACUCCGAGAGGAGCCUGGGGGCCUGGGCGGGCAACCGCCGACUCAUGGCCGGGGAUGAUGUGAGCUCAUCGGCCGCUGUGCAGCUGCAGACCGCUAGAGCCGUGGAGGAGCUAGAGAGGGCCAUUCUCAAUCUGAAAGACCGCAUCGAGAAACUGGAGUUGGAGAUCGGCCCUGCUGCCCUGAACCUCUCCGUUGAGACUCCAUCCCCCAGCGCCGGUGUGGGCGUCAGCAGUGGCAUCGCUACUAAAGUUAAAGGGUCACCGUCAUCAGCAUCAACGACAGGAGGCGGUAGUGUCUCCUCGGGGGGCCGAAAGGCCCCUGGGGGUCCUGGCAGAGGAGGCGGAGGCCCCUGGAAGGACCUGGAAGGAGAGCUGGAGAGGAAGAUUGAGAUGCUGGAGAAAGAGCGGAAGGCGCUGAGGAAGGAGACACAGACACAUCACAAACAGAUAGACCAAGGGAUUGAUACUCUACACCACCGCAUUGCAGAGCUGGAACAGAGUCUGACAGAGUACAAUUAUCCAGACGGCUAUGUCCUCUCCUUCCCCGUGAGGACCAGAUACAUGUACGGCCUGGUGCGGAGAGAAAUGCCAGAGAUGUAUGCCUUCACCGCCUGCGUCUGGCUCAAGGUGAAAGAGGGGGGUAUCGGCACCCCCUUCUCCUACUCUGUCCCGGGACAACCCAACGAGCUGGUGCUGCUGCAGGGGAUACACAACCCUGUCGAGCUUCUUAUCAACGACAAGGUGGCUCAGCUGCCCCUGUCCCUUGCCCAGGGUGUGUGGGAGCACAUAUGUUUGAGCUGGACCCUCAGAGACGGGGUAUGGAAGGCCUACCAGGGGGGGAAGCUGAAGGGGCGCGGAGAGGGGCUGGCCGCAUGGCACCCCAUCAAGCCAGGAGGAGUGCUCAUUCUGGGGCAGGAGCAGGACACGCUGGGCGGUCGUUUCGACGCCUCCCAGGCCCUGGUUGGGGAGCUCUCCCAGUUCAACCUGUGGGACAGGGUCCUGAAGCCUGCUGAGGUAUCCGCUCUGGCUGCCUGUUCCUUGGGCACACUGGGCAACGUGGCCCCCUGGACAGACCAGGACGUGGAGGUCUACGGAGGGGCCACCAAGGAGGCUGUGGACCCCUGCAACCAGCCACCCCGGGCCAGCCCCAGCUCUAGCCCUAAACAGUGAGGGGUUAGAUGGGUUGGUAGAGGGGUCUCUUGGUUGUUAUAAAGGGGAGCCGCUCAGUGAGGCCAGAGGGGUAGUUGGUUUGUUGAUGCUCCUCAUAAGAGGGGGGUUUAAGGUGUUUUUCUGGGGCAGGGGUUGUGUGAUGGGAAACUGGGGUAGAGAUGGAGAGUCAGUUGAGUUGUUUUAAAGGGGCAUUGCUAUUUCCUAGAGAGGGUGGGUGUGCUUGAGGAAGCCUUUCGGAGGGUCUGGGAUCAGGGGGCGUAGAGAUUAGUUGAGUAGGAGUGUUGUUAUCUGGGUGUUGUUCACCCACUGAAGGUGUUAACAUCAACAGCGCUACAGCUGUUGAGAACAACACCCAGACUAGCUUUAGCUCCGCGGCCAUGUGGGAAGAUGUUAAGGGUAAGGUGCUGGUUUUUUCACCCCUCUGAUUUGUGUUUUAGAGAGUUGGGGGGGGGUUCUCAGCCCCCCAGGGAAGAGCUACAUACACCACGCCUCAUCUCAUCACAUCUCAUCUCAUUUCAUCAUGUGUUCUGAAGCUUGUGCUUCUAACUUUGGAAUAGGGAUUUUCUUCUGUUUUUGGAGAUGUGUUGCUACUCAACUGUGUUUGUGAUCAACAACAGCUCGGUAAAAGUGAGCGUCUGUACUGCUUUUUCUACUGCGCAUUUUGUUGAUUUUCUUUGCAGCAAUGUUUUUUUUCUAACACUGUCUUCUUUCCAUGUAUGUUUGUUACGUGCUUUCAGAUAAACUCUGUUUGACCUGUUGCGACCUCUCACAAAGAUGCCAUUGUAACGGCCCAGCACAACGUAUUGCCAGAGACAUAGCUGUUGCAAGUCUCAUGGAUCAUGUAAAUUAAGACGCCAAUUGAUUUCUUAGAUUCAUAACAUCCAUCUGGUUGACUUAAAGAGGCAAUUUGUUAAGUGAUUCGUACAUCCAUUGUGGCAGGGUGUCCGCUUUGUUGUUGUUUCAACUGCAGAUUCGCCCUUUACAGUGAUUUGUGACCUGUCUCAAUGUGUUUUUUUUAAUGUAAAGCUGAUGGAAUGGAAUGUAUAUCUGUAUGCAUGAGAAAAGCGUUUUCAAAAUUAAGAGGUCAGAGGUCAGAUUUCUAAAUAGUCCUGUUUCCAAGACAGCAACAACACAAAAAUGUACAACAAUAUUAACUAUUGAAUGGUGUGCUUCACCCCGCAAAGGCCAAAAUGAAUACGCACCUCAAAGAAUGUGUAUUUAGCUUGAUCUUACCUUCACAGAAUUGCUUAAUAAGUGGGUACAGAAGGGACAUUGGGACACUGAUGUUGAGUUGGGGGGUGUAGUGAAAAGUGUACCCAGAUUAUUGGGUGUCCUUCCCCCCACUUCACCAUUGACAUAUGGUUGUAAAGUGCCUGUCUGGGUAUUACACGCCCAAUGCAAAUGUCAAAUGUAUUUUAUUCUCUCUCUCUCUUUCACUCUCUAUCUCUCUCUCUCUCUUUAUCUCUCUUUCUCUCUCUCUCUCUCUCUCUCUCUCUCUCUCUCUCUCUCUCUCUCUCCUGCUAUUGGUUAUGUUAUUGUAACCAGCUGUGAUGUCAGUAAGUGUUGUGCUUGUUCAUCUUGUGCACCUCCAUGGAUCUUCUAUGAUAUUAUGACAAUAUGUGGAUGAAUAAAAUAAAAUGGUUAUGAUGUCGUAA